AUGAUCAAUGGUGCUGUCCUUUCAACUGACAGCAUUGAACAUGAGGAUACCGGUAUGUCGAUCAACUCAACUCUUGGCAAGUGCUUUGAAGUCCUUGAGAAGCCCUCCAGGGUUUGCAAGCAUUCCAUCUCGUACUUCUCGAUCAACCCCAAAAAAGAAGUCAAGAACAAAAUUCUGAGGCGCCGCCUGCUGCUCAAGGUUCUGGAACUACUUACGAGUAACGGUGACUCCAAGCCUGUUGUCGAUGGGCUCGACACCAUUUACUCCAUGGAACCAGUACACCAUAAGCUGCAGGCUGCGCCGUCUGAAACGUUUUUCGACAUCACAGAUCAGUCAAAGCCUACGGGAGAAUCGACCAGCUAUCGAGUUCGAGUAUCUCGGCAACGGGACAUCAAGUUCGACGAUGUCGCAGUAUCCAUGACGAAUGGCAAGUGCAGCGGUGGUAGCGAAUCCCCUACGAAGAACUACGUCCGCGCCCUGAAUGCCUUGCUACAAUCCAUUCUGAGCCAGCAAAAGGAAUGGUUCUGCGUCAACAAGAACCUGUGCCUUUCCAAGGAAGUUAUGGGCAAAGAUGUUGAAGCCAAACCUCAGAAAAGAAGGGCCAAGACCAGCCAACACAUUCAGCACGUCAAACUCCACGAUGGCAUGAGUUUCUCCAUCGAUAUCUUCGAAAGGAAGUGUGGUUUUGAUUCGAGAUCCAAGGGCUUGCCUUGGAAGCUUUCACUGACCAUCAGCCCUCGUCCAACGUUGUUUGUGGAGGCCUGUAAUCUUGGGACUCUCUACAGAGAUUACCUCAAGGCACAGGAAGACAAUUUCCAAGGAGACGGCGAUGACAGGAAAAGUGCUCUUUACUCAUUCAUCAAGAAGCUGGAUGUUACUGUGGGCUACACGCCAUCUUUCGGUAACAAUGAGCCUGUCCACAUCAAGCAGCCGCAGACGCCGGAUGACCUCCCCAGCGACACUCGACGACGCAGGGUUGUGUCCGUUGGUAGAAUUGCGACGGAACAGAAGUUUAAGCUUGAGAAAAGUGGCAUGGCUCCAGAGGACGUCUCUGUGAGUCAGUACUUUAAAAUGUACUAUCAUUACAAGCUCAGGUUUCCGAAUCUUCCCGUAGUCAACAUUGGGGCUAGCGCAAACGACAUCUGCACGAAUGAUAGGAGAACGGAGGUUUGGGUCCCAAUGGAAUUGCUAUGGGUUGAAGAGCAGCCAAUAUUCCACUUCCCUCCCCUACAGAUGAAGGAUGGGUUCGAAGCAAUUGAAAGGGAAUAUGAGAACGCGGUUCGUAGUUUUGAGGCCAACCUCAUCGACAAAAGCAGCAAGGUUGUGCAGGUCCUGAACCCCACAGUACUGAAGGAACUCUUCGAGAUCACCUUCAAGCCAGAAGCAGAGGCCUUCAAAGGCUACUUCGCUUUCUCUCCGUCUGAGAGCUCUCAGAAGAAGCUCCAAAUCAAGGCUCCAGAGUUCCCAAAAUCUCCUCAGAUGACCCGAUUCUUGACUCUCAAACAUGGAGUGGAGAAGCAUACCGAGAAAGAGCAGGAGAGUAUUCAGGAGGGAUACGAGAGACUGCUCGAAGCUUUUCAAAUGGAGGGGGGCCUAUCCAGCAGACAGCAACCAGCUUAUGACUACGACGUUUUCCAAGCAGUCCUUGAAAGUAACGGAAACAUAGGAUCAUUCCUCACGCGGUUUUCCGCAGAAGGAGAUCAGUUACUCUUUGUGGGACUUGAGGGGCCUAGGGAGGAACAGACUGAUGUCCAAGCGAAGAUCAGGCGUUGGUGCGAUAAAAACAGCAUCCCUACAGUCUUUUUUGACGUUCGGAAAUUUCAGAAAACUAUGAAGCACUGGGAGAGGGCUGACAAAGGGACUGAUGUGCCCGGGAUCAGGCACGCCACGGGAUACGCCAGGGCGCUUCUCACGAAGUCUGUCCAUAGAUACACGCGUGGCAUUCCGAGCACUCAAAAAGUCGAUCCCACGGCGGUGGAAUAUCUCAGGAGCCUUCUGCCAAAGACAAUGGUUGUUGGUGCAUCUCUGGUCUCCAGCGGCAUUGGUCCUUCAGAUAAUUUCCCGUCAGUUGCGGCGGUCACAACAAACCUGGAUGACGACUUCGUCCGGUAUCAGGGCCGAUUCCGUCUUCAACUCCCCGAAGAGAAGAUAAUCGCGAGCCUCAGCGACAUGCUGAAGGACAUGUUAUUCGAAUACGCGCAGAGGCAUGAUAAUCGGCUACCGGAGUCGAUUGUGUAUUUCCGAGAAGGCGUUUCGGAAAACCACUUCGACAUGGUCAGAAGCGACGAGAUCCGCCAGAUGGCGAUGGCGUACGGUACGCUCUGCAAGGAGAAGCCAGAGCUCGCUGCACCGUAUCUAACGCCAAAGAUUACCUUCAUCGCUUUAUCGAAGCGUGCCAAACCUAGGUUCUUCCCUGACUAUGGCGGGACCGACAAAGCAACAGACAAGAAUUUGAAAGCGGGCAUGGUUGUCGACGCCCCAGAGUUCCAGAGGACGGGUGUCAAAAGGCGGGAGUUUGACUUCCAUCUCCAAUCCCACUCGAACCGCUGCGACAGUGCCAAGCAGUGCGGAUUUACCUCCAACACGCACUACUUUGUACUGCAGCACGAAAACGAGUGGGGCCUGGAAAGAAUUGAAAGGAUUACGAACAAGCUUUGCCGCAUCAAUGCUGUGCCGGCAGCGGACUCUUACGUGGCUCCAGUCUACUAUUCAGGGAAGAUUUGCCAGAGGGCACGUUCUUACCUCCGGGCUCUUGCACCAGCAAACCAUGCAAGCCUGUCGCACGAGCAAGUGAUCCGAGAGGUUGAAGAGAGCGAUGCCUGGCCGGAGUCGCAUGUUUUGGGCAAGGAGAUGUUCUGGCUUUGA